GUCGGCUCCUCGUGCGUUGUCUCUCUCUCUCUCUGUCUCUCUCUCUCUCGUCCCCCUCGCUCUCAGACGACCGGUGGGCCGCCGCCGCCGACGCCGCAAUAAGCCAGGUGCUGAGGCUCUUGUUGGUCUCUUCGCCAGCGAGGAGCACCCAGCAGGACAAGGCAACAGGCUGUUGGAAUAUGGACCAACAAGGCAUGCAUGACCAUGAAGGGGUCCACGUUGUUGGAUUUGAAGUCCCGCCUUCACCGGAUUCCAGCUACGACAACCCUGUUCCUGGGAAUGAAGACGAAGGCCGGGAGCCCCCACUGAUGCCACCUCAUCUGCAGCACACGCUGCUGAGCUUCCCACCAAGCCAAGACGAGUCGAGCCCGCUGCCCCAGCCCCAGACCGUGGUUCUGAACCACCUUUACAUCGAGAAAGAGAACACGAGGUCCAUGGUUGCUCUGGGGAUCACGCACCGGUUCAAGGCUAAGUUCGUGACCGUCGUGCUUUACAAGCCAGUGCUGAGGCGGUAGGGUGUGGUCGUGUGCCUGCGCUCCUGCUCCCUCUUCUCGCGCAGGAUCGGUAAUGGUAAUGCCGUAAUGGUAAUGGUAAUUGAACACCCCUUGGGUUGCAGCCCACCCCUUCCAGUUGUUGUUAUUGUUGUUGUAGUGGUGCAGAAACGGGCGAGAACGUCAUUUUCGAAUGAUUAUUAGCCUUGUUGUACCUAAUUUGGCUGCUGGUGGUGGCAGUGAUGGUUUGGUUGGAGUA